CCUAAAAAUGGACGAUAACCGCGAAAAAAGCCGUCAAAUAUCAGAAGCAUCGCCGUUUCAAAUCGAAGCGGCGGUGACGGAAGAUACAAAUACGUCGGUGGAAAAAUUGUUCGAGUCGACGGAAGUACCGCCAUGGCAAAAGCAGGUGACGGUGAGAGCGAUGGUAGUAAGCGCCGUUCUUAGCUUUUUAUUCACCUUCAUAGUUAUGAAACUUAAUCUUACCACGGGAAUUAUUCCGUCGCUUAAUGUAUCGGCCGGAUUGUUAGGCUUUUUCUUCCUAAAAACUUGGACUAAGUUGCUCGAAAAGGGUGGUUGGCUUAAACAGCCUUUUACUCGUCAGGAAAAUACUGUUAUUCAGACUUGUGUCGUUGCUUCUUCCGGCAUUGCUUUCUCCGGAGGAGCGGCAAGCUAUGUUCUUGGGAUGAGUAGCAGAAUAGCAAAACAAGGAGACCCAGGGUUUUUGCUCGACACCAAGAACCCAGCUCUGGGUUGGAUGAUUGGUUUUCUCUUUAUUGUUAGUUUUUUGGGACUCUUUUCAGUUGUUCCUCUUCGCAAGAUAAUGAUUGUUGACUUCAAAUUAAGUUAUCCAAGUGGGACCGCUACUGCCCUCCUCAUCAACAGCUUCCACACCCCCAAGGGAGCUGAAUUAGCCAAAAAGCAGGUGAAGGUAUUGGGAAAUUUCUUUUCUUUUAGCUUUUUGUGGGCUUUCUACCAAUGGUUCUUUACAGGAUCAGGCGAUGGCUGUGGCUUUGCAAAUUUCCCUACUUUUGGUCUCACAGCCUUUAAUCAAAUGUUUUACUUUGAUUUCUCUGCUACAUAUGUGGGUGUUGGAAUGAUAUGCCCUUAUAUCACAAACGUAUCUUUACUUCUCGGGUCAAUUUUAUCAUGGGGUAUCAUGUGGCCUCUUAUAGCCAAACAGAAAGGUCACUGGUAUGAUGCUAGUCUUAGUGAUUCCAGCUUUCAUGGCCUGCAAGGUUACAAGAUUUUCAUAGCCAUAGCAAUAAUUCUAGGGGAUGGAUUGUACAAUUUCUUCAAAGUGUUCGGUUACACAAUAAUUGGUAUAUAUAAACAAUAUCGUACUCGAAACACUGGUGCAAUUCUUCCUUCCAGCGAACGCCCAAUACCUGAGCAAAUCCCUGAAUCAUUCGAUGAUCAACGAAGAACCCAAUAUUUCCUCAAAGAUAACAUCCCAUACUGGGCAGCAGUCGCAGGCUACGUAAUCAUCGCUGUUAUUGCAAUCAUCACACUUCCGCAUAUGUUCCAUAACCUAAGGUGGUACUACAUCUUAGUAAUGUACAUUGUUGCACCAAUCUUAGCCUUCUGCAAUGCAUAUGGAUGUGGUCUUACCGACUGGUCAUUAGCCUCGUCUUAUGGCAAACUAGCCAUCUUCAUAAUCGGAGGUUGGGCUGGGGCUUCCCAUGGUGGAAUUGUUGUUGGGCUCGCAGCCUGCGGGGCUAUGAUGAACAUAGUAUCAACCGCAGCAGACCUAACACAAGAUUUCAAAACAGGGUACUUAACCCUGUCUUCACCUCGGUCCAUGUUCAUUAGCCAGAUAGCCGGUACUCUAAUGGGUUGUUUCAUGUCUCCCUGUGUAUUUUGGAUCUUCUAUAAGGCUUUCCCAGGUGUUGGAAUACCCGGUACUCAAUAUCCCGCUCCUUAUGCAUCCAUUUAUCGCAACAUCGCCCUACUUGGAGUACAAGGGUUGAAUUCGUUGCCUAAACAUUGCUUAAAGUUGUGCAUUAUAUUUUUCGUUGCUGCAAUGCUGAUUAAUUUUGUUCGAGAUAUGGUCGAUAUUAAGUACUCAAGGUUUAUACCAAUACCAAUGGCGAUGGCAAUACCGUUCUUUAUAGGAGGUUAUUUUGCAAUUGAUAUGUGCCUUGGAAGCUUGAUUUUGUUCUUGUGGCAGUAUAAAGAUAGGGAAAAUGCGGAUGCGUAUGCACCUGCUGUUGCUUCUGGGUUGAUUUGUGGUGAUGGUUUGUGGGGUUUGCCAAGUUCUUUACUUGCUUUGACUGGUGCUCGUCCACCUAUCUGCAUGAAGUUCGUUCCUCGCAAUCAAGGUUAAUGCUUUAACUAAUUGUCUUUGAAUAGUUUAGUAAAGAUUAGAAAUUAUUCAUGAAGAAUCUUUAAACUUGAAUUAUAGAUGGAAUUAAUAAGAAUUUUAGGUGCAUUCAUGAUGGGUAUAUAGUUUAGUAAUAUGAAUCAUAAAUAAAUGUCAAUUACCAUCACCCGUUUACCAUCGUUAUUAUGGGUAGUUUGGUAAUUGAUUCUUAGCUUUUUAGAUA